AUGGGCCCACUCAAGGGCGGCGGCGCCCCUAGAGACCCUCCCAGAGGCGGUAGCGACCCCAGGGACGCUCCCAAGGGUGGUGGGUACUCCAAGGUCCCUCCCAGGGUCGGUGACGCUCCCAGGGAUGGCAGUGCCUUGAGGGACCCUCCCAGUAGCGCCGGCGCCCCCAUGGGCCUUCUUAGCGGCGGCAACGCACCCAAGGGUGGUGGCUCCUCUAGGGACUCUCCCAGUAGCGGUGGCGCCCCCAGGGGCCCAGUCAGGGGCGGCAACGCACCCAGGGGCCCUUCCAGGAGUGGUGGCAUUCCCAGGGUCCCAAUCAAGGGCGGCAGAGCCCCCAGGAGCCCUCCCUGGGGUGGUGGCGCCACCAGGGCCCACUCGGGGACGGCGGCGUCCCCAGGGACUCCCAGGGACAGCAGCACCCCCUGGGACCUUCCCAGAGACCCUCACAGGGGCGGCGCCCCCCAGGAAACCUACCAAGGGUUCCCAGAGGCCCUAAGUUCUGAAUCGCGCAAAAACUACUGCUCCCAGGGGCCCUACAGGUCUGGCGCUCCCACGGGUCCUCCCAGGAACGGCAGCACCCCCAAGGACCCCUAG